AUGGCGAGUCGUCGUCAGUCACAGAAUCGCGCCUCACAAGCGAGAUCGGCAGUGGCGACUAUCGGCAUGCACCACCAGCCAGCCACACUCAGCUCAGCCAGGCCAUCUUCACUACCACCACCACCACCACAGCCCUGCAGUAUACCCCACCGGAGCCGUCCGUUCAUCCUCCGAUUCCAGUCGUCGCCCAACAUGCCGUCGGUGUUCAAGAGCCUGCGCAAGUCGCUCUCGCGAUCCAACGACACCAAGCAGUCCACCGAUGCAAGGCGACGCACUCGCACAAGCUCCAUCGCCGACCCAAACGUUCGUCCCCACGAUUCCAUCGACACCACCGCCUCCUGGGACAGCGCACUCACCUCGCCACCUUCCUCCAACACCGAGCCAAGCUCCAACGGCUCCGCCAUCACCAUCCCCACCUCGCCCAACGAUCCCACCUACGGCCUCGUCUCCCAUGCAAGCAUCGACAGCGGCCGUUCGCAAGAUGGCCCCGAGCCUCGCUCAAGGUCAAACAGGCGCAGUGUCUUCUCGCUCGACCUCGCAAAGCAGGCGGUGGACCAGAUCGUAUCCAGGGCACAGGUCCACGUCGAGUCCAUCAAAGUCGGCGACCUCACCCCGGAAGGCUUCCACCUCAGCAUGGUCGUCCGCGUCGGCAAGACCGGUCCCACAAAGGCAAAGAUCACCUUUCCGGACGGCCUCGACCUCUACCUCGACCCCGCCCACACACGCCCCAUCGCCAACAUCAGCCUCUCCCCCAUCAAGAUCAAAAACUCAACAAGGACAAACGGCCUCGUCGUAGACGGCCGCCUCAACACACACAGCAAUCCGAAUCAAUCGGCCUCCUCCCAGCGCGGCCUCGACAGCCUCUUCCGCAAGCUCAUCACCUCAAAGGGAGCCGUACUCCUCAGGAUCGGCUCGCCCAACGCAGAGAUCAAGGCCUACGGCAUGUCCUUCAAGCGCAUCCUCUUGGACAAGGAGAUCAGCCUCGACGGCCUCGACAGCCUCGGAGGCGCUCUCACCUUUCUCUCGGCCUCCGCCCCCGCAACCUCAAUCCCUUGCGCCCCGCAACGCAGCUCCAUCAAGAACUUCACCAUCACUGGCGGAGACCAAAAGUCCGGCAUCUGCUUCCGCGCACAGGUCGAGCUCCCAAACCCCGCAGAAAUCACAGCCAGGCUCGGCGACAUCCGCCUUCGUCUCGAGACCGACAUCGACGAGCUCAAGUCAAGCUCGGCAGAUCACAAUGCCGCCAUCGGUCAGGUUGUCUUGCCCGACCUCACUCUAAAGCCUGGCACAAACACCGUCUCCAUCCACGGCAACGUUCUCGUCGCGCCGCAAGGUGACCACGGUCGCCUCGCCGGCGUCACCCUCAUCCGCUAUCUGCUCGAAAACAGAUCCGUCCAUGUCAACGUCGUCGGCUCCCAAGCUUCGUCCAGAGUUCCCUGGGUGGCGGCCAUCUUCGCCUCGGUCCGCAUCUCGGCGCUCCUCCCUGCACUCGGCAUCAGCUCCAGGCUCCUCGACGGCGCUUCUCUCAUCCCGCCCGACGAGGCCGUCCCCUCGCCCCAGCCCCAGCUCUACGCUCGAGCCACGCUCCGCAAUCAGCUUGGCCCCCCGCUGCACAUCCAUUCACUCUGGGUCGAAGCCUUCCAGGACGUCGAGCCAGACGCAGACCACAGCGCGCCAGCUGCAGCUGCCACUCGCCUGGGCGACAUCUGUACCCCCGCCGAUUCGCCUGUCCUCACGCUCGCAUCCGAUGCUCCAGUCCACGCCAGCCUGCCCUUCAGCCUGUCCGCCGGAGGGUCCUCCUACGUUCGUAUCCUUCAAAUCGAGGCCAAGAGAAAGGGAAUCGAGCUCAACGAAAACCUCGUCGCAGCUCUCGAACUAAUGCCAGAUCAUGACGGCCAGGACAGCCUUGCAUCGGCGGUGUCGAAUGCUCGAAAAGGCGCAAGGUCGACUUCAGACGAGCCUUUGGACCUGCCGAAUCUAGUUGCCAGCGCUCUGUCGUCGUUGAAAGUGUCAGCCCACAUCGUCGCACAGGUCUCCAUCGGCGAUUAUCGCAUCCCCGGCGAAAUCAACUUCGUCCAGCGCCAGCUGCCCAUUGCCAUCACCGUCAAGACGGCGCGCAACAUCCUCCCCACCAUUGGCGCGCCUCUUGUCGAUGCCCUGAUCGACCAAGCCAGCGUCUCGAUUUCCAAGCUCAAGAUCCUCGACAUGGACGAAAAGGGGCUCAACGUUGAAGCAGAAAUCGGCCUCGUCGACUUUGGCCCUCUCGAUGUAGACAUCCACUUUGACCAGGGCCUCAACAUCACCUCGGCCGAAUCCUCCGCCUCAUCCGCCGAAGAGCCCGUCAUUGGACGCAUCGUUUUCGCGGAGGCUCUUCGUGGUGUUGCGGGCAGCGAGGAGCUGCUCAAGACCCGCCUCCGCAUCCUGCCGGCUACCGGUUCUAAGAGCGUGGCGACCUUUGCUACUUUCGUGUCCGAGAUCAUUCAGAAGGAGGCCUUCCCCAUCCAGAUCUCAUCAGACGCGUGUCGCGUUGUAGCCGGAGGCGCAACUUUCCCCGCCGUACUUUCGAAGUCCGUCGUCCUCCCCGGCCUCGGCGGCUUGAAGGGAUUGACCCUAGAGGGCCUUGACAUAUUUGACGAAGUUGCCGCACCUACCGGUCCGGGCCGCGGUCGCGCAUUAAGCUCGGCGUCCGCCUCGAGUGGCAGCUCAGGUCAUAUCAACAACAAGGAAAGGGCUUUCAAGGUCAGAACCCGCAUCCGAAUUCCCCACAAAGGCCUCCUGGCCGUCGCACUAUCCAAGAUCGAGGCCGGCGUCGAGUUCGAAGGCUACCAGAUCGGCAUCGUCUCUGCGGAAGACAUCGUCUUCACGCUUACGGAGGCAGAUGUCCGAUUCGAAGCGAACGGCUUCAUCUUUUUAGGAAGCGAAUCAUUCAAGGACAACCAGUCGCUGGCCGAGUACAAGCACAAUGCGCUGCAAGCAUUCGGCCGACUCGCAGCUGCACUCCUCGGUGGCAUGCCUGUCGAACUCACGAUCAGAGGCUAUCGAGCCUUUGCCAUGGGAGAUGUGCAAAUUCUGCCCACCGGUCGUACCCAGGUGCCGCCUCACCUCCGCAGCAAGUCUUCCUCGACGUCGAUCCAGCGCAGGGAGUCUGUCAAACUCGUCCGCAACGCAUCGCUAAGCAACUCCAACAGCUCCACUUUCUCUCAAAAGCAAGUGCCUUGGCUUGACCAGGCAUUCCAGAAGAUCUCCAUCUCCACAGUGGUGCAUCAGGACUUCCAACCAGUUAUCCGGGACAUGCGCAUCAGCCGUAUUUCUGCUAGAUUCCUCCGCGAAGGUACUAUGGACGCCAACAUCGAUGCCAUCACCUUCCAGAUCGAGCUGCCACUUGAUGUCCGCUUCGAAGUCCUCGCUGUCGAAGCAGACAUCGAGCUUCACUGCGAAGGAGUCGGACGUGUUGGCACGGGCCGUAUCGACCGCACCGACGUUCUUUCCUGCACACCCGUACAACCAAGCCGAGGAGACAGCGACGCCGACGUGGAUGUGAAAACCUGCUGCGAAGUGCGCCUUGCUUCGGGAUCGCUUAAGUUGGUGACGGAUUCGGGCGACGGGCUCGCCCAGCUCAUAGCACACAUUGCCGACAGCGAAGAGACCGACCGGAUCAGCAUCCGCGGUCGAGCCAGGGCACGUGUCAGCGUCGCGCUGGGAGACAUCUCGGUGGAUGUGGACCUGGGAAGGCAGCCUCACAUUCUUGCAAUCGACGGGCUGCGAGGACUGCGGUCGAGCCCGGUGCAGUACACCAAUCUCCAGGUGGUCGAGGCAUCUCGCGAAUACCUCAAGAUUGUCUUUUCGCUCUAUCUCAACAACCCAUCCAAGACGCUCCAGGUGGCGCUGCCCGACACGGAUCUGACGAUGGCUGCUUUCUACCGCGGCGCCUACGUGGGGAGGGCGCACAUUCCAAAAGGCUUCAGCAUGGAGAGCGGGCCCGUUGCAGUGCACGACAUCCAUUUCCGCUACUGCCCUGCGCCCGAGAUGGAGAAGGCCGUCCGAGACAUUCCGGCCAAUUUCCUCUCUGGACGCACUACGACGUUGGAGAUCCGGGGAGACGAUGAUUCGAGCGAGAUUGCUUUGCUGAUCCCCGCGCUCAAGAACAUCCGGCUGUCGUUCGAGCUCAGGCCGAUGAUCGAUCGCACUUUGAUCGACAGCAUCUCGAUCACGCUGGGAGUGACUGCGCUGACGGCGGCUUCCGUGGACGCCGAGUUUGUGGUCAACAAUCCGCUCGGCGUGCCGUUUGACCUGUGCACCCUGUCCUUUAUGGCAACGUACAAGGGCAAGCCGUUCGGCAGCUGCACGGUGUCCUACGAGCGCGACCAUCCCCUUCGCGUGCCUGCCGGUAGCGUCAAGCAGCCGGGCCAGCAGCAGAGCUCGCCUGUCACCGUGGCUCUGGCGCAGCCACUGGAAGACAUGGUGGGUGCAUUCUUGAAAAGCAAGGGAGAGCUGCUGCUCGAUAUCGAAGUCAACGCCCGAGUCGAGAUUCAGGGCUUCAAGAUCCCCAACUUCAACUACCGUCAGCCGCAGCUGCCGCUCACCAUCAAGGGGCUCGAAGGCCUCUCCAAGUGGAUGAGGUUCCUGCCCUGA